AUGUCAUUGCUUAAUAAUUGGUGGCCCUGCAUCCACAUUCACUGUUUCACAGAAACCCACAAAGAGGCCUUCAAGUGGCUGAUCGUGUCAAAUAAUCUCUACGUCGGGCCUACGGGGUACGCAACACACACGAGCAGCACACCGACAGCACCGGAGCCGUCACGGCGAACGCUGGCGUUCCCCUCGAGAUUCCUGCUGGAGACGGACUCUCCGAUGAACAAACCCAUCGACGAUUGUGCGUCUACAUGCGGUGUCACUCACGAGUGCCUCUGUCAUCCGGGACACGCGUUGAAUGUUGCCUGCAAGAUCGCCGUUGAAAGGCGGGUCAGCAUCUGCGAUGUCCUGCAGACUGUGACCGCCAACUUUCAGGGGCUGUACCGUAUUGAAAUAGCUUAG